AUGGGGACCUUUGACCUGUGGACAGAUUACCUGGGUUUGGCACGCCUGGUUAGGGCUCUCAGUGGGAAAGAGGGGCCUGAGACCAGGCUGAGCCCCCAGCCAGAGCCAGAGCCAGUGCUGGAACCAGUGUCAGCGCCGGAGUCAGUGCCAGUGCCAGAGUCAGUGUCAGUGCCAGAGUCGGUCCCAGUGCCAGGACCCAAGGAUCAGAAGCGCAGCCUGGAGUCCUCGCCAGCUCCUGAACGCCUGUGCUCUUUCUGCAAACACAACGGCGAGUCCCGGGCCAUCUACCAGUCCCACGUGCUGAAGGACGAGGCCGGCAGGGUGCUGUGUCCCAUCUUGCGGGACUACGUGUGCCCCCAGUGUGGUGCCACGCGUGAGCGUGCCCACACCCGACGCUUCUGCCCACUUACUGGCCAGGGCUACACCUCCGUCUACAGCCACACCACCCGAAACUCAGCAGGCAAGAAGCUGGUCCGUCCUGACAAGGCGAAGAUGCAGGACACAGGCCACCGCCGAGGAGGAGGAGGAGCAGCAGGUUUCAGAGGUGCCGGGAAGUCUGAGCCUUCGCCCUCCUGCUCUCCCUCCAUGUCCACCUAAGAGGCCGCCUACAUCUGGGCAAGGGCACCCGGGCUCAGCUGGAUUUCCGGGAAGACCCACCCUAUGAGGACCACUCCCACUCCCAGACCCUCCCCCCAGCCCGAGAUUGAGCCCUGGGGAUGCCCUGGGGUUGGCGAGGGAACAGCUGAAAUCGCCCGUCCUUGGGGACCCUGUCCUUUGUGCCAUCUGCCAUCUCCCCAGUGCUGGGCAUCCAGUCAGCACUCAAUAAAUGCUUAUGAAUGGAUCAACAACA